AUGUACCACAAAGCAUAACACGAAACUGUCGAGUUGAAGUCAGACUCUCGCGGACGAGUAUAUUGUGCAUACCCAGGGUGCAGUUACCGGCAGUGUCAAUUGGUUCAUCAGAUCCUUGACACGCCGAGAAAGAUCUUCAGAUUUUAAAUAGAGUAUUCGUAUACAGUGAGUGUCUUGCACGUGGUACGCUGAAGACGGGGUCACCAGGUACCUGGUAGAGCAACUGCAGAGAUCAACCGUAUGAAAUCGUACUUAGGCAGGAGUUGAUCGUUGAGAAUCCCUCGUGUCCAGGUAGCGUCAAGUCGAGCCGGGAUGACUGACUCGAUAGCGACGACACCUGGUGUCAUGGAAGGAAACGAGAAAAAGAGUCCAGGUGAUUGCAAUCAGACGACACCUUCGACCGAGGUCGGUGACGGCGGCGACAUCAGCUGGAAGUCAAUGAGCGCCAGGCAGAAGUGGACCUUCCUGACUAGCAACAUCACCGUGGAACCCAUGGUAGCCUGUUAUAUAAUGCCUAGCGUCCUCGCGUCCUUGGCCACCCAAAAUCUGAACCUGGAGAAGGCCUGCCGCGUCAACUUGGCCUACUCCGACGAAGUAUGCAGCGCUUUGACGGCGAGGAACACGACCGGUUUUGAACACGAAGAGACAGCGGUGCAGCAACUGGUAGCAGGAAUGCAGACCUGGAAGACCGCGCUCCAGAGUGCCCUGCCUACGAUUCUGAUCCUCUUCAUGGGCGCCUGGAGCGAUCGCACGGGAUUGAGAAAACCUUGUAUGCUUCUACCCAUCGUCGGCGAGUUCCUAACUAGCAUAAGUCUUAUAGCGUGCACCUACUGGUUCUAUGAACUUCCUAUGGAAGCCGCAGGCGUAUCAGAAGCGCUCUGGCCUGCGCUCACUGGAGGAUGGUUUACAAUGUUUAUGGCCAUUUUCAGUUACAUAGGGGAUAUCACUACUGUGGAAUCCAGAACCCUCAGGAUUGGCGCUGUUAAUGUCUUCCUGUCAAUUGGAGUACCAAUUGGAAUGGCCCUAUCUGGAAUUCUUUACUUGAAACUUGGCUUCUAUGGGGUCUUUGCCAUAUCAACUGUGUGCUACGUACUCAGUUUCAUUUACGGACUUGUCGUUAUCAAGGAACCGCCCCGACCACCUGUGCAACAGGUUGACAAACAGGAACAAAGAAAAAUGUCUCCCUGUGCUUCCGUUCUUGACUUUUUUUCACUGAGACACAUCUCCGAGACUUUUCGUGUUGCGUUCAAAAAGGGUGAAAGAAAUCGACAGAAGCGCGUUUUAGUGCUCAUGGUCAUCGUCAUGGUCGUCAUUGGUCCCUUGUAUGGUGAAAUGGCAGUAAUGUACCUCUUCACUCGAUAUAGAUUCAAUUGGAACGAGGUGAAGUUCAGCAUGUUUUCCACCUACGGCAUGGUGACUAAUCUUAUCGGAACUAUGGUGUCAGUGGGCCUCUUUAGUCACGUGCUCAAAAUUGACGACGCUUUGGUGGGAGUAAUGAGUUGUAUGAGCAAAAUUCUUGCAAGCUUCGUUUACGCAUUCGCUACCACCGACUGGAUGAUUUAUUUAGCGCCAUUGGUGGAGAUCGUUAACGGAACGUCCUUUAUCGCUAUGCGCUCCAUUGCUUCCAAAUUGGUGCCAACGGACGAGCUAGGCAAAGUUAAUUCUUUGUUUGGAGUUUGCGAGUCCCUGAUGCCGCUUGUUUACGGACCGAUGUACAGUUUCGUUUACGGUGCCACGAUGAAUACGUUUCCGGGUACCUUUUUUCUAUUGGGUGGCUGUUUAACGAUACCAGCAGUGAUCGCCUUCCUGUGGUUAUACACGGAGCACAGGAAAGACCGAGCAUUGGCGGAAUUGGAGAUGAAGGCGAAGCAAGAGGCAGAGAAGUCCGAGAAAAUAACGAAAACGACCAAGUAUGAGAAUGCGGAUGAUAAUAAAAAGCAAAUGGAAGUAAAUCGAUUAAACAGCUUUGAAAAUUCGGCGUUCGAGUCGGAACGUUUGUGACGCAAAUAACGAGCAUUUUAACUGCCGCAGGAAGCAAGCACGUGUGUUUGUAGAUAGAAUUACAGACAGUAAAGAUGUGUGCGUUCGUACGAGUUGCUGUACGUGUAAAAAUGUAAAAUCGAAUGAAAUAUUUAAUGAGAAGAGAAAAAAUGUGGACGUCAAUGUUAACUCGGGAAUGUCCGCGAGAUUAUAUUCCCUAUUCAAGUAGCAUUGAGUUAAGGUGACGGGGUUUAUCCCGCGCAAGUAAUGCUGAGUUAAAAGAAAUGUCUGUGAUUUUCAUUUAUUGAGGAAGCUGUACCACGUGGCAUCAAUUAUAUGUAUAAUAAGACAAACAGAUACAUGAAACAAGUUUUUAUUAUUAAAAAAAACUCAACUGUGAACAUUCGCGAUUAACGAUCCCUGCGAAUAUGUUUUAUUGUUAUACGAUUCCAUUUUUUGGAAAUUUUUAUAAAGAAAAUUUUUAAAAAACUGCAGAUGGCAAGGGUCAAGUCUGACCACCGAGCACUACGAAUAUGCAUGUAGUGUGUAAAUAUACGUAUGCGUGUAAAUAAUGUUGUGCAUUGUGCGUUUUUAUUGAAAAAUUUUGUAAUCGCCUAGGAAGAGUUUUUCAAUCUGUGGGAUGAGCUAAUAACGAUUCGCGCUGUUGAAUGCAUCCUUGUAUAAAAAAUCGUACUUAAGUAAGUUACUGCAGAUAAAAAAAGUAUUUUUGGAUUUAGAUAUUAGUAUUACGAGUCUCUUUUUAUUAUUUAUGUUAAGUUGGAAAUUAUAGGUGAACCAUAGUGACAGCUUGCCAAAUUUGCGAUUAAUUUGGCAAUUGAAUUAGUAAUUGUUAAUAUUAUCUUCAAGCAAAUGUCUUAAGUGAAGUAACUUAAAACUUAACCCUCUAUGGGCCCGUGUAACUUUCAGGUCACAUUUUAAUUUAUCGACAUUUUACAAAAUAAUUAUAACUUUAUAGGCCGGUGUGACUUGAAAGUCACAUAGUGAAUAUAUCGCAAUAAAAUUGUUUAAACGCAAAAAUUUGUUUUCAUUUGCAUAUAUAGGUUUAUAAUUUCUGAUUUUUCGUUCCCACAAUUUUGUUGGAGUUAAAAGAAAAAUUCGGCCCAUAGAGGGUUAAAUUAUAAAGUUUACGAUACUAGGGUAGAAGUAAAGUAAAAUAUACAGCACGAAGCUGAUUGUCGAAAACCCCAUAGUAAGGUAAUGGUUUACUUUAAAGCGAUGAAUAAACAUAUUUUUUAUGAGGAAAAUAACGUGAAAUUUUGGUAUUUCCAAUCAGUUCGAGAAAUAAAUGGUCUUUGGACUCUUUUUAUUCGAGCUAUUCGUACAUGAUGUAAUAAUUUCUUUUAGUUGUAACUUCCAUAUUCGCAUCUUCGGAUUCGUGAACUCAUCUAUGCACUAUCUGAUUAAAGGAGUAGUCAAACCGUAUGCUUAAUUAUAACAAUUGUACCUAUAUAUAGUUGGAUUACACAUUAUUGUGAUAUAGGGACGUAGUUUUUUCUAUUUAAGGGAACAAUAAAUUAAAUUCUACAGUA